AAAACAAAUUAAAUAAAUAAAAAUAAAGCUGUCUUGUGAAUAAUGUUUUGCAUCACUUUGGUCCACAGACAGAACAAAAACAUAGUCCCUCAGAUCUUCUGACUCUUCAUGUCUUUUUUUUUCCCUUAGUUUUAUUUGCUUUUUAUAAUCUCUUGAUCCAAGAGUUCAUGUUUACUUGUGACAGAAGUCUUGUAAUGAUAAUAUAGCAAAGUCUUGUCUUCUCUCUCUCAAAUAAAAAUAAAUGUCAUCUUUCGAAAUCUCUCACCUUGAUUUAGAGAAUGGUUCCGGUGAUCAGCGUCAUUACCGUCAAAGUGACGUCAGCGAGUUCGGAGAAGACAGCUCUUCCUGCGACUAUGACUACGAUUUUCACUCAGCUGUAAGGAGCUUUUGCGGCGAGUUUGAGUUUCCUGAUCUGGAGGACCUCUCAGAAUCAGAAUCGGAAACUUCUCGAUCAUCUCCGGAGGAGAAAGAUUGCCGGAUUUGCCAUUUGGGUUUAGAGAGUAGCCGCCGUGAAUGUGGAGACCCAAUGGUUCUUGGAUGUUCUUGUAAAGAUGAUUUGGGUUAUGUUCAUAAGCAAUGUGCCGAGACUUGGUUCAAGAUCAAGGGUGACAAGACUUGCGAGAUUUGUCGUUCGAUAGCUUUAAACUUCUCUAAAGCUGGCAACGAUAUUGAUCAAACAACAACGAUUGAAACCAAUGUGAGUGACGUGGAGGCUGGAAAUUCAUCUACGGUGGUGGCCACAAUUGAUUCCGAUGACCGGAGAUUCUGGAGAGGGAAUAGGUUUCUUAACUUCCUUUUAACAUGUAUGGUCUCUGCAUUUGUAAUCUCAUGGUUCUUUCACUUCAACUUGCCUUCACAACAAUGAGGAACAAGAUUAAACAUCCUCUGUUUGUUUUUUUUCCCUUUUUUUUCUUUUUUUUUUCUUUUGCUUUGUGUGGAAUUUGAUUCCUGUUUUAGCUUUUUGCACGAGUGCAAUCAUAUCAAACAAUUGGAAUACAAAUAUAAAAAAUCAUAAUUGAGUUAGAUUAAAAAUAUAAAAGAUAGCAUACAAAUCUGUAUGGUUACAUUUUUGUAUUUAUUUAUUCACAAUCUCUGAAUAUACAUGUUUUUUUCACAAACUCUUAUAAGCCUCAAGGCAGAACCAUGCCUAAGUGCUUUAGUUUCAA